UCACCACACCCAAACUCUUUCUUUCCACCUCUCUCAUCUCACCAACUUCUCACUUAUCUACCACAGAUCUUUAUUAAAUUUUCUGUACUUCUCCUCCAACUUUCUUCUGUAAUGGAUCUUCUAAAUUCUCUGUUUAAUCUAGUAGUGCCUCCAGGAAGCUUGUUCAUGCUAGCAUUUGCAUGGCCAACCUUGUGUUUCAUUGAAGCUUGUGAAUGGCUUUAUCAUACCUUCAACUCUGAAACCAUGGAAGACAAAGUUGUCAUCAUAACUGGAGCUUCUUCUGGGAUUGGAGAGCAAAUUGCCUAUGAAUAUGCAAAGAGAGGGGCUAAUCUUGUGUUGGUCGCUAGAAGAGAGAAUCGACUCAGGGGAAUUAAUGAGAAGGCGAGGCAUAUGGGAGCAGGGCAUGUCUUGGUCAUAGCAGCAGAUGUUGUAAAGGAAGAAGAAUGUAGAAGAUUCAUUGAUGAAACAAUAAGUUUUUUCGGUCGUGUUGAUCAUCUAGUAAACACAGCAAGCUUGGGACACACCUUCUACUUCGAUGAAGCCACAGACACUUCUGUGUUUCCUAUUAUCAUGGACAUUAAUUUCUGGGGAAAUGUAUAUCCAACAUAUGUGGCUCUUCCAUUCCUAAGACGAACUCAUGGUCGAGUAGUUGUUAAUGCAUCGAUCGAGAGCUGGUUACCUAUGCCAAGAAUAAGCCUAUAUUCUGCAGCAAAGGCAGCUGUAAUAAACUUUUACGAGACAUUAAGGUUCGAAGUGGAAGAUGAUGUUGGAAUAACAAUUGCAACACAUGGUUGGAUAGGAAGUGAGAUGACUAGAGGGAAGGUCAUGCUAGAGCAGGGUACAGAGAUGCAAUGGAAGGAAGAAAGAGAAGUGCCGGUCAACACCGGAGGGCAUGUGGAACACUAUGCAAGGUUGAUCGUAGCGGCCGCUUGCCGAGGAGAUGCAUAUGUAAAGUACCCAAAUUGGCAUGAUGUAUUUAUGGUUUACAAGGUGUUUGCACCCAAUAUCUUAUUGUGGACAUUUCGUUUGCUCUUCACAACUAGUCCAAGAAGAACCUCCUUUAUUGGCACUGGAAGCAGAAAUCUUCUGGAGGGCUCCCCACCAAGGCCUGGAAGACCUCUCUUAGAGACACCUCCUCCAAGGAAGCUUAUUGCAUCUGGGUAGGCCUUUAGCCACAAACAUGAUCACUAUCCCCCAAUUCUCAUAAUAUAAUGUUUGGAGUUUGUAUCAGAUUUUAUAUGUUUGUCCUAAUGAGUACUAAUAAAUUCUGGGCUCUACUAUGUUAAUAAACAUAUCAGUACAUAAAAAACAAUAAGAUUGUAUUAAAGCAA